AUGGAAGAACAUAAACAACGUUGUUGGUCGGAUCUACAAAUUGACAUCUUAGCUUCAAUUAUCGAACUCUUAGAAGCUCGAAUCGACAUUAUUCGUGUCGGAAGCGUUUGCCAUUCAUGGCGAAACUCAGUUGCCUAUUGUCACAGCAGUGAUCUCCAAGGUUCUCUUGAAAAAUACUGUUUUGGUCGAAUUAAGUUCCCUAAAUGCUUGAACUUUUAUUUAACGAUUACCUAUAUGGUAAAACCAAUUUGUCAAGAUUAUAACAGUUUCUUGAUUGAAGUUGAUCAUCACCACUCAAGCCCAAGCCAACACAAAGCACGGCUUUUACACCUCAUCACACCAAGGAACAAGACCGGUAUUAUUUUUUAUAGUAAGGAGGUGAUUGAUUCAAGAAAUUAUCAUGUAUCAGAAAUGUGCAUAAAACACACACUCAAAUAUAUUCCCGAUCCGAGUUUGUUCAAGAAAUUAAUUGUUUAUCCGGAUAAUUAUUGGACUAAGAGAGAAGACUGUAUGGUGUUAGCUAUCAAUCGAUGCGGAAAUUUGAUUUACUGUAAACUUGGAGAUUGGAAUUGGAAGAAGAUGAACACAAAUAGUGAGAGUAAUUUUAAAGAUAUAAUUGUUUGUAAUGGAAAACUGUAUGCUGUUGAUUGGCGUCGUCUUUGGGUUAUUGGUUUUCCAUCAUCAGAUUAUGUUAUGAACUUUGUAUGUGAGUUAAUUCCUGGGAGUAAAAAUUUGGUAGAGUCUUGUGGAGAUCUUUAUCUAAUAUCUGCGGCUUUUCAUCAAGAAAACCAAAUUUAUAAACUGAGAGAUUGUAAAUAUUGGGAAUUGGUGCAGGGCAUUAAUGAUCGGAUUUUUUUCACUCGCGCUGGCUUAAAGGAAAUGCACAGAUCUAGUUUUAUCUGGAAGUCUGAAAGCCUAGCAGUAUUGCUGAUUCUUAACCAUGCACAGAUCUAG